CAACCAAAUGUCGCCUCGACUGGGAGACACGAGCCAGACUAGACCGAUGAUGGCAAAAAGCGUCAUCCAUCAAGACCCAUUCGUCUUGAGCCCCCGAGUCCAGCUCGCUCAUAAACUCGAGCCGAGGGACUACAGCGACCUGGUCGGCUUCUACCGCGCCUACAUCACCCCGUGGGUGUUUGUGGUCGGUCUGCUGGGCAACAUUUCGGUGCUGGUCACCUUCGGCCUGGAGUCGCCGGGCACCCGGUUCUCGGUCUACGCCAUGGCCCUGGCGACGGCGCAUCUGGUGGCGCUCAUCUUCAACAGUCUGUUGGACGACUUCCUCGGCCGCGGUCUGCUCUAUCUUACGCACCAACGGGUGGCUGUGAAACUCGACUCGUUCUCGGACGUCGGCUGCAAACUGAUGGAGUACAUCCCCAAAGUGGCCUAUUUCGCGGCCGCCUACAUUUUGGUCGUCUUCUCGCUUGACCGCCUCGUCACGGUCCACCGACCCUUCCAGUUCUACUCCAUCUACCACCGCCGGCUUGCCUGGCUUGCCUGUCUCGCCAUCGGCCUCACCAGCCUGGUCGUCAACCUGCCGAGUCUGUUUGUCCAGCGUCUCGUCGUCGAUCCGAUCAGUCGGACCAACUUCACCUGCCGCAUGGAGGAGGCGCACCGGCUGACGAAUGCGGUCAUCGGUUUCCACGUUUUCGCCAUCUUCACGCUGCCCGUGGGGCUGGUGUUGCUGGCCAAUCUGGCCAUCUGGCGACGGCUCUACCAGUUGCGACGGCGACGGCGAGCUCUGAUGCCCGCCGAGCCGGUGCACAGCCGCCUCGAGAUGGCUCGCGUCUCGGGACACUUGGCCCUCUCCACCUGCUUCCUUCUGCUCUACAUUCCGCUCGUCUGCCUCGUCCUGCUGCGACUCUACCUCACCCUUUCGCGAGUUGACCGGCACGACGCCACCGCCCUACGCAUCAUCGACCUCUCGCGACUCUUCUCUUCCCUCAAAGACGUCACCUACGCCGUCAACUUCUUUCUCUACUUUGCCUUUCUGGCCAAUUUCAGGAAACGCUUCCUACGCGUCUUCUGCCUCUGGCCAAGGCAGCCGAAACACGAGACCAAACAGACGGUGGUUCAAACGCUGACCAGCGAAACUCGCUAG